AUGCUCUGCUUCAUGGGGAGCUCCAACUCUCACUCCUCCGGUCCUGAUCCCAAUCCCACCUUCAUGCCUAGACCACCACCACCACCUCCUCCUGCGCCUGCGAGCACCAGCACUGCCACCCUCUUGCCCCCUCCCCCUGUCCCCAACCCUUCCUCACUUCCAUCCCCUCCAAAGUACAAGUUCGUCACUGGUUCGCCUGCCGAUUGGUACGCCCAUGAACCUAGUAUUAUGAAGUACGUCAAGAUUGCUGCUAUGCUGCCCACUAAAACCAUUAGGGAUGUUGCACUAAGAUGCGUCUGGACUCCUGGCAAAGAAAGUAGUAGGAGGAAACCUGAUGGAUAUCCUGCAGGGACAAACAUGACAUACUCGAAGAAUAAAAUGGCUGCAUCUACCUCGGUAACUAAUAUUCCGAUGCUGCCUCCAAACAAUGUGUUCCCAUUUUCAAUAUCACUGCAUCAUCCAAGUCAAAAUAGCUUGGUCCCCAUGGAAGUCCCUGUUUUAGAUAGUGCAACUCAGCUUCUGGAGGAAAAUAAUCAGCUACUCAGCCAGAUUGCUGCAAAUAUCAGGACCCUUAAGACGGAGGAGAACGUGGACCUAUUCCUGCGCACAAAUAACAAUAUAAGAGCAAUUUCAGAAAGAAUGAGGGAGACACUAGGUAUCAUGGAUCAGAUGCCUUCCUUGCCCGUACAUGUAAAUGAAGAGCACCUAAGUUCACUUGUUCAUUUGUACAGAGGGGUGUGCAAGCGCCCCAUCUCCAUCGCCCCCAUCUACGCCGCAAACGCUCCCAUCAGGCUGCCCCUCCCCGAGUUCAUGCUUGGCCUCGCCAACAAGCUCAUGUCCUGGCUGCUCCUGCUCCUCUCCCUCCUCUUCGCCAUCUGCGUCUGGGAGUUCAUCAUGCCGCUCACCACCCUCUGGGUCUGGCGCCUCGCCCUCUCCAGGACCUCCGCACAAGUGCGCCGCCUCCUCUCCCUCCGCACCUCCGCCUUCUUCAGGCCCUACGCCAUGAGGUUUAUGCCCUCGACGGACACUGUCCUUGCCUGCGUCUCCAUCAGAAGAGCCUUCCUCAGAGAGCUCCCCAACCUUAGGCAGCUCAACGCCCCUGCCAGAGUCGCUGCUGAUGCCCUUGCUCCCCUUGCGCUCUGGGUGGCGCGCCUCGAAGCUCACCUGCAGCACCGCUUUGGAGGCUUGGAUACUUUGCAGGUCCUUGCGCUACACACCGUCGAAGCAGCCCUGAUGGUGGUAAUAGGUGAUGUGGCAUUUGCUUUUCUGCUUGGGUUUCUCCCCUUCUCACUGGGAAGGAUACUAUUAUGCUGCAUGUCGUGUUUCACCUCUGGCACUCUGGAUAUAACACACUCCUCCACUUCAACAACAUCAGUGCUUUUAGUUGGAUAUGGGCUUAUCCUUGUGGCGGCUCUGCUCUCUACUGCCUUGCAUACUUUCCAGCAAUACUCUAGGGACGAGCAACUUACCAUCACAGUUUAUUUCGAUGCCUUAACCGACUUGGUGUGCUGGCUAUUUAGCCCUCUUAAGAUGCUGCCUAGCAUACAUGUAAUGCUCGGUAGGACAGGCACUUUCUUGCAGCACUUCUUCAGGGGGAUCAUAAGUUUAGCAAAUAUUUCUCUUAAUCUCACAGUGAUUCUUGUAAUAUGGCCUUUGCUCUUUGGCUGGUCGCUUGAUAUCUACACUUCAAAAUUGUUUGGUGUGGAAAUACCCCAGAAGCUCCAACUUCUAUUUGCUUCAUCAUUUGCUUCUACUGCUCUUCACUGGCUUAUUGGAUGUAUCUGUUUGCUGCUGCACUCAUUACUUCCCAGUCUUCUUCGCCCGGCAUUGAGGCUAGGUACCCCUUUUGUCCACACUACUGGAGGCAAAAUCAAGAUUGGGGAACCAUUCUGCAAGUUCUUUUUCAAGAUUGUUCCCGGUCUUUUUCUCAGCCUUAUCUAUGUUGCGAUGGUCAUUCUUGUCCCUGUUGAAAUUGCUUUCCGUUUGGUACCUACCAUGUUCCCGCUAGACAUCACCUACUUUGAUCCUCCAACGGGCACGGUACUUUGGCAACCAACACGAAACUAUGCAGAGUUACUAUCUGGUUUUCUUCUUCUGAAGUUUCUAAUCUGCAAUGCACUCGAAUACCUUGAGCCUAUUCUGCUUGUGAAGAAGGUACUGCGGUAUUGGUUUGCCAGUACCGGACAGGCUCUUGGUUUGUCUGAUUUAUUGACUGCCCAACCUGAUGGUGCUGGUGAAUCUGAAGCUGGGAAUAGUGUCACACCAAAAGAUCAGUAUGGUAGGCCUGCUGAGGCUAAGGAUAAAAGGAGAUCUCUUGCUGUUCGAUUGGCACUACUCGUGGUGCCAGCGUGGCUUACUGUUGUCAUGUUCAUUGCUGCUCUACUUGUUGCUCCAGUCUCAGCUGGACGUGCAUUGUUGUUUGCCAUCCCUCAAUUGCCAGUAGCAGGUGCUUUGAAGUCCAAUGAUAUUUUUGCUUUUGCUGUCGGAUUCUGCGUCUUGUCGACAAUUAUUGCUGCCUCUAGAGAUGUCUUUGCUUAUGUGACCUCUGGGAGAACACGCCUUCUGUCGUCUAUAAUCUGCAGUCGGGGUAUAACUGCUUUGAAGAGUUCUCCGCUUUUGUUCCUAUGGGUUGUCGUCAUUCCCUUUCUAAUCGGAUUGCUGGUUGAUUGUCUACUGAUAUUACCCUUUGUGGUGCCCGCUGAUGAAGUUCCAGUUUUCGAUUUCUUCUGCACUUGGUUCUUGGGGUCGCAAUUGCUGAAAUUCUGGACUAAGUUGGUUGGUUGGACAAGGGUCGCACCUUUCCUGGCCUGUUUCAUCGACGAAAGGUGGGAUCGGAAGCUAACUCAGGCAAGGGAGGAUGGGUUUUCAGGGCUCAGGGCAUUGUGGGUCUUGCGAGAUGUUUUGAUGCCAAUCACUGUCAAGCUACUGUCUGCUCUCUGUGUUCCUUACGUGCUUGCAAAAGGCGUGGCACCAAGAUUCGGCUACUCCGCUGACGUGAACUCUGUAGUGCUUCGUUUUGCAUGGCUUGGAAGCCUUGCCAUGUGUGCGCUCUGUUAUCUAGCUAAGGUACUCUCCAGGUUUGUUGUCAGACUCCAUGAUUCUAUCAGGGAUGAGCGCUAUCUCAUCGGGCAGAGGUUGCAGAACUACGUGGACAAUAUGUAG